AUAGUUGUGACAAAGUCAACACACAUUUCAGAAACAGUUUUGGUCACCACAGGAAGGACACCAUGAAUUUCUGUGCUUUUCCCCUCAGGUUGGAAUAUAUUAUCUAUGUUUGGCUAUUAGUCACAUUUUUUAACUUUGUCAAAGCACAAGAAGACAACGUGUGUUCAAUACCUGAGCUGGAUGGCAACAUUGUAACAUUGGAGCACCAGCGCUACUUUCGGCCUGGUGAAGAAUUAGUGCUGUUUUGUAAACCGGGAUACACGUCCAUUUUGGGCCCUCGGACAAUUGUAUGUACUGACCAAGGAAGGUGGACUGAAACCAAACUGAAGUGCAUUGCAAAGCAUUGUCCUGCUCCUGACCAACUGCUCAAUGGAGAUCUGUAUUAUGAGGAUACGGUGUACCAGAGUAUAAUCAACUAUACCUGUCACGAGGGGUACAUCCUUUCUGGACCCCAAAAUGCUACAUGCCAGGCUGAUGGAACAUGGAGCACAUUGGUACCAGAGUGUAAACCUGUGUUUUGUGGUCUUGCUCCAAUCCCAAAGUUUGGUCUUAUCAGUUAUAACAGGAAAAUAAGAGGAAACACGACAUAUUUUGGCACCCAUGGGACAUAUAAGUGCUUGCCUCCUUACGUCCUUUUUGGAAACUUAUAUGCAGAGUGCACAGCCAGUGGCAAUUGGACCGAGACACCCGAAUGUCGAGUGGUAACUUGCCCUCCACCAGAGAACAUUUUCAAUGGUUACAUGUCCAGCAAUGACCAGAGACGUUAUGACUUCAUGGAGACGGUGCAGUACGGCUGUAAUGGCAACUACAUGCUGGAUGGAAGCUUCCAGAUGGUUUGCCAGAAAAAUGGAGAGUGGUCUGAAAAACCAGCCUGUAAAGCUCCUUGCAGUAUUGGCAUUAAAAGAGGAAGAAUAUUAUACAAAGAAAAAAAACUUUGGAUCGCAGACUUCGAGCCAAACAGAGUCCUCCACGGCGAUCUUGUGUCAGUCUAUUGCUUGGACAAGGUCAGGAACUGUGGCUACGCUGUGUCAACUCAGUGCGUCGAUGGAAAUCUCAAAAUCCCCGAAUGCUAUGAAGAGCCAAGCGGAAUAAACUAUACCUUAUAUUCUGGUUCACUUCCUUCUGAAAUAAAUCAGUGCUGAGAUGGAAGCCUAUCCCUUCUCUGAUUAUGAAUAUUACGUCACCAGCAUUAACAGCAUUGUUCUGGGCUCUAAAUAUAAAGCACAUCUUGAGUCUUAA